CAUUCUUUUGGACCGACUAAAAAGGAAAUAAUGUCAUAUAAAAUUAUUGGGAUAGAGAGAGUACUUUUUUUAGCUCAUUAGCUGAAUUGUGUGCACCGUAUCAUUUAAAAGUUUAAACUAUUAAAGAGGGACAAUUCAUUUUAGGUCUACAACAAGCACUUGCGAGUCUUAUUCUUUUUACAUUUUUAACAAAAAUUGCCAACUUCCUCGACUACUCCAUAUACCUGCUAUCUCCCACCAAUAUAGGUACAAGGUUACUCUCUCUCCAAGUCCUAGAACUGCUAGGCUACACCCUUUAAGUACGAGUCUAAUUCUUUUUAUUUAUUGGGCACAUAAUAUUUUUGUUCAUGGGUGGUGAGACUUGAACCUAGGACCUAGUCUGCUAUAAUACCAUAUUGAGUUGUUUCAACCGACUCGUAAUAACACCUAAAAUAAAUGAAGAGGAACACUUUUACUCAUUUAUUUUAGAGCUGCAACAUAGUGAAAUAACUUAAUAAUUAAACUGGCAGAAACACAGAAUAUUUGGUGCCCAACAAGGGGAGUAGGUUGCUCUAUAUUAUACCUAAUGCGUCUGCAUUAUACCAUGCACAAUGCUCAGUCUCCCCGUGAGUUCCAGCUGCCAACACAUAAGAACAGAAUAAAUAGUUGACAACCUUAUGGGUGAUAUACUUUGAACAGUUAUCUAGUGUAACAUAUGUUAUUAGACUUCUCCUCGAGUUUUCACUCAUCUCUUGAGUUGGUUUUGACAUAUCAAUUGCAUUUAUAUGUAUGGUUGUAUGAACUACAGAAUGGGCAAAAAUAUCUAGUCUUGGAAUGUUUCAAGCAUUCUCGAACAACAAGAGGUUUUUAGUGCUAACAAUUAACAUCACCUGGAUUGGAAAGUAGUCCAACUCUCCUGACUUUUCUAAGAUAUGCUUUUCAUUUUAUUUGGUUUGAAUUCUAUAAUACUGGUGAAAGAGGAUAGAGUUGGUGUUCAUUUAAGAUGUCAUCCAAUUUUGGUGGAGGACAUAGUUAUAGUUUCAUUCACCUUGAGGAAGAGGAAGAUUUUGACUUAACUUUGCAUGUUAUAUUUUUAUUUUAAAUAUUUGAUGUUUUGAAUCUAGAUCUUGCCAUAUGUAUUCCAAAACAAGGAUUACAGUUAUUUUCUCUAACCCGGAGAAGCAGUUUAAAGGAUCAUGGAUUAUGCUGCAUACAGAGUUUAUCAAUUAUUACUGGCUUGGAUUUCAAGCUCUGUGGUGGUUGAAGGCAACUUGCUCUUUUCAAUUGAGAUCAUUUUACUUCAGAUCAUGUAUUUUAUAAAAACUCCUUGGCUCCAAAACGUUGAUAGCUUUUUGGGACGAGAUGUACAUGGCCGCAUAUACUUAAACCAACAGGGAAUUAAUGCACAGUACAGUGGACCAAAAAAGGAUGCUCUUGCUUAUGUUAGUUGGGUGAGGGAAGACCUCAGAUUUUCUGAUGUACUGGUCCAGAUCUCGCCAGCAUCAAACGGGCAUACCUUUCCAAGAUUGAAGUUGCGUUAUAAGCCCUCUCUUGUACAGUUGGAAGGAGGGAUUUCUCACCUUCCUUUGCUUGAUCCAUCUAUGAGAGCGGAACCUUUGGCACCAUCUGAAUGGAGGAAUAGAUUGGAAGCUGUAAAUAACACUAAUAGUUCAUCACAUGAAAACAUCAAUCCCAGUUGUAUACUUCUUGAUGUGAGAAAUGGUUAUGAAUGGGAUGUUGGGCAUUUUCAAGGCGCUCAGCGACCGGAUGUUGAUUGUUUUCGGUCCACUUCAUUUGGGCAAUCUGACUCAGAGGUGAUUGCUUCAGAUCCUUUAGCAGCUGUUGAUAAGGAGAGAACUGAUAUAUUGAUGUACUGCACUGGAGGUAUCCGCUGUGAUGUAUAUUCUGCUAUACUACGAAAGCAAGGUUUUAAACGAUUGUACACCUUGAAGGGGGGUGUUUCUCAUUAUCUUGAGAGAGAAGGUUCUGUAGGUUGGGUUGGAAAUCUAUUUGUAUUUGAUGCCCGUCUUUCUCUGCCGCCUUCUACUUACAAGCCUGAAGUGGGGAUCGAAGCAAGCACAAAGCUAAAAGGCUCCCUGGAUAACUCGUUUGCCAAAUGCUACAUCUGUGGUUCACAAGUCUGUGAGCUGAGGCACCGCAAUUGUGCAAACCUUGACUGCAACUUACUUUUCCUAUGCUGCGCAGGCUGCGUGAAAGAUCUAAGGGGAUGCUGCUGUUCUCAAUGCACAUCUGCACGUCGACUUAGGCCGGUGCUGACAGGUAACCAGAGAUACCAAAAAUGGCAUAAUUAUCGAGAUUUCGAGUUGCAAAGCCGGUGACAUCUUGAUCUGUUGGAAGUUGAAAAUGUAGAUCUCCAAUUAUUGGGGAGACCGAAUGGAAAAUUAAGAGAGAAAACUGACCUCUAUUCUCUACAUACUCCAAAAUUCAGGUUCCAAAAAGACUAGUUUCUCUUUUAUUGGUUUAGUCUAAUUUUAUUUAAUGCGGGAGGAAUGUCCAUCAGUCACAAAAUUAGGUUGUUAAGUACCCCUAUUAGGUGAAAAUAUUAGGCAUAUAUAAUCUUGGAAGAACGUUGUCUUUUACUGAUAAUUAGAUAUUAUUGAAGGCUGAAUUUAAUUGGGAAGUAUCACUUUGUGUACUUAGGUUAUUAGUAUUUUUUAAGACAUAAUCAAACAUCCAUAUGCUGAUUUUGUAUACGAUUAAAAUCGGGCCUACCCGAUUUUACUAUUUGACCGAGACCGGGAGUUUGCAUUGGAGGAUGGCCUCGUAACGGAAUAGGCCAUAUCACGAGGAUAAGGUACCGAGUUUAGAACCGAGGUACCUGUCAAGAU